AUGGCCAUCGAUGAGCAAUUGUUACGCGACAAGAGUAAACUAGCUGUGCUCUACUUCAAAUCAGGCGAAUAUGUCAAAGCAUUGGGUAUCUACGACAAGUUGAUUUAUGAUGUGAGGCAACUUUCACCACAAGACAUCAAAGCAAUACGACUUCAGCAUGGAGUUAAACAAGUGCCUGAUAUUGGCAAACUAAUACACCCCAAACUUACAACGUUUCUAGACCAAAGAGCAUCCACUUUCGAGAAAUUGGAAAAGCAUGACUUGGCUUUGAAGGAUUCGGCAAAACUGAUUGAAUUGGACCCAACUGAUUGCAAGGGGUACUUGAGAAUAGGGAAGAUCCACACAAUGCGCGGUGACAAGUACCAAGCAUACAAGACCUAUCAAAAGGGGACCUAUGUUAUUGAUACUUUGGUGAAAAAGGGUAUACCUGUGCCGAACCAGCAAUUGUAUGAGAAAUUGAAAAAUCAGUAUAGGAUCUUGAAUCAAGAGUUGAAAGCAGAGAGACAAGCGUCAAAUAACCUGCAAAAGUCCAGCAGCUCCUCUCAGGGUGGCUCUAGUACCCAGUUAAAGAAAAGAAAGAUUGUGAGGGUAGUUGAUCCAGUCAAAUGUCUCCCUGCUGAAUGCAUAAACCUAGUAUUUCAACAACUACCACAACAAACAGUUCUCAAGUGUCUACUUGUUUCAAGAAUGUGGUACAAUACAUUGAUCCAGUUGGACUUGUUCCAGUUUCAUUGUAAACCAAUUACUACGGUGGAUGAGUUUACCAAGGGAGUUGGGUUUUUCAAAAAGAAUGCAUCAUAUACUUAUUCCAAACAAAUCAGAAAACUCAAGAUUAAUCAAGUGUACAAUAAGAAACUACUGCAUGUACUUUCGAUUCUAAUCAAGGAGCCACAGUUUCCAUUGCAGGUUUUGGAAGUUAUGGACCAAACAUUGAAUUUACAACUCAUUUAUGCCCUAUUGGCUAAACAUUCUUGGAAAUUGAAUAAUUUUCAUCACUUGCAUUCAUUGUCGCUUGGAAUCAACUGUAGCAUCAAGUAUCCCCAAAUACUACUCAACAUUUUUCCCCAAUUGAAGCAUUUAAAGAUCACCAUAAUGAUACCCGACAAGAGCACCAUGAAUAUGGUUCCAUUACAAGAUAAAGUGUUUAAAAAAUUGAAGGAAAAAAAGAUGGACUCGUACCCAUUAGAGACUUUGUUUUUGGUCAAUCAUGUCAAAUUAUUGACAAAUGAGUCAAUGGGCAUAUCUGCAACGACAUAUAAUCCAUUCCCGGUUUUACUCGAGUACAAUUUCCCCAAUUUAACUGAACUAACAAUGUGUUCAUUCAAUUUUGGUAACCACUUGCCUGCAUUUGGUGAAUUUUUAAGUCAACACGAAAACCUCACCAAGUUGUACCUUGAAAACAACUCGGGGAUAAACUUUUUCAUCUUGUUACAGAUCCUACUAAACUACAAACCGGAGUUCAAAUUGACUCAUUUUACAUUUCGAGAAAAUGCACUCUGCUCAUUAAUGUCAUUGCAGGAGAUUUAUUUCCCUUUGAUUACCCAAUUCGACCAAUUGGAACAAUUGGAUCUAUACCAAAGUUGCAUCUCAGUGAUUGGUUUGGAAAGGCUUUUGCAGAAAUGUGGCAAGUCAAUAAAAUCACUCAAUUUGGGAUGCCCAAGUCACUUGUCAUUUCAUAUACCAGGCAGAAAACAACUCGAACUAAGCACACUACUUACCAUGUGUCCCAAUUUGCUGUGUUUAUGCCUACUGGAAAUGAACGUUGAUACUGUGUCAAUGAUGAAUAUAAGCAAACAAAUUCAAUCGAUGGGUUCACAAUUGAUCAAUUUGCAACAAUUGGACCUCAGUUUUAACCAAUUUGAUGGCGUUGACUUGAUGAGAUUGUUGAGUAGUGGGUUACGACUAGAGGUGCUAGAUUUGAAUGGAUUAAGUAUUUCAGAGGAUACAUUGGCGUAUGUUAAACGAAAGGGGUAUGUUCAGCAUCUUUUGUUUGAUCAGAGACGGACAAAGUGGAAAGUGUAUGGGGUCAAUACGUGGGUUCGGCAAUAA